GCUCACCCGAGCAGGAAAAAAAGAAAAGAGAAACCCAGCCAGAAGAAACUACUUUAAAGACGGCUGGCAGGCGAGCGACUGACGAAAAAACAACUUUCUUCUCCACUUUUCUGAAACCAAAACACAAUUCAUACAACCGUUGACUCCUCAUAUUCUUACACCUUGUGCAAGUAUAUACAGCCAAACCCUGAAUUUUUUAUCUCAUAUAUCCGCACUUCCACACACAUACCGCACGAUGACCCCACCAAGCGCGCAAAACAUUUACGCUGACGAGCCCUGGAACGACCGACACCUGUCGAACUACGUCGUUCGCGCCGAGAAGCCAUUCAACGCUGAAGUCAAGCUAGACAAGCUCAUCGAGCACUUUGUCACGCCGACCGAGCGGCACUUUCGGCGCAACCACGGGCCCAUUCCCAACCUGGACCCAGAGACAUGGUCAGUGACCGUCGAGAUCAACUCGCUCGCGUCCUCAGCCCCGCAGCGUACCAAGGUCUUUCGGCUGAGUGACAUACAAAGACUCCAGCAGUUUGAGGUUGUCGCAGUGCUUGAGAGAGACGGACUCAAGGCCAUCAAGCCAGUAAACGGAGUCAUCUGGGGCGCGGGAACCGCUUCUAACGCACAGUGGGGCGGAUGCCGGUUGCGCGACGUACUUGUUGCGGCUGGCAUGCCCUCAAACCUUUGCGACCCGUUCUACGAGACGCCGCGGCACGUCGAGUUCGCCGGGCACGGCGAGGCAUCAGACGAUGUGCAUUACGCAACAUCGAUUCCGCUCGAGUGGGCGAUGAACCCGCUGAACAUGGUGUUGGUGGCCACAGAGAUGAACGGCCACCAGCUCUUGCGCGACCACGGAUUCCCAGCGCGCAUUGUGGCUCCCGGCAUCAUAGGCGCACGGUGGGUCAAGUGGCUCAAUUACAUUCGUGUGCAAGACCGCGAGUCCAACUGUUUUUAUCAGAAGCGCGACUACAAGAUUCUGCCGCCGAUGGCCAACAGCAGCAACUGCGAACAGUUCUGGCCGCGCUUCCCGGCGCUGAUGGAGCUGAAUAUCCAGAGCGCAAUUUGCCGUCCGAGCGCCGACGAGCGCCUGCAAGCGUGGAAGCCGUAUGUGGUGCGCGGCUAUGCAUUGUCAGGCGGCGGAAGGGCCGUCGACCGUGUCGAGAUUUCGCUUGAUGAUGGUGUCACCUGGGAUCUGGCCAAGAUGUAUUGUAUGAACCCGAAGAACAGCAGCAGCAAUAGCAGCACCAGUACCGGCGCCAGCGAAGAUGGCAGCGAGGACGAUGGCAGCAGUGACGGAAGUGACCGUGACUGGACCGCGCGUCAUUGGGGGUGGGUGCUGUGGUCGUUCCGUAUCAGCAGCGUGCCUCCAGACUGCUCGAUUGCCUGCCGUGCCUGGGACUCGGGAGGCAACACGCAGCCGGCGGCUGCCGUCUGGAACUACCGUGGCGUGAUGAACAACUCUGUCUUCCGCGUACACCCCCAGGUCACAGCGUCCCUGAAGAGUCAUAUGUGAGGGCCUUUGCUUUUCUGCGUUGUUUGCAAUGGCCAAGUCGAAGCUGCAGACUGAAUCAACUGCCCUUUUUUAAUCCGAAAAGGUUCCAGAGCCGGCACAGACCUUUUUCCACUCACGUGAUGUUCCCCGCGGAAAUUUGGUUCACCCGCACCUUCUUACACGCACACUGGAUUUUAGUGUGCGUGUGAGUCACAAAACGCACAUACAGUGAGAUGCCCGGCCAAACUGGGAAAUUGGUGAUGCUCAUUUCUUUCGCAUUUCUUCUUUCCUCUUUCUUCUUUCUUCU